GCCGGACCUGGGGGGCUUCCCAGGGCAGCACCACCCGCCUAUCCCCCAGGCUCCCUCAGGGUGGGGACACCAGAGACGGCAGGAGGGAAUUCCGUAGCCCUGCCCUUCUCUCUCAGCAUCUACACCCCAUUCACCGAGGACACGCCCUCUGUGGGCCAGCGCCUGCUCAACUCUGUGCUCAACACCCUCAUCAUGAUCAGUGUCAUCGUGAUCAUGACCAUCUUCCUGGUCGUGCUCUAUAAGUACCGCUGCUACAAGUUUAUCCAUGGAUGGCUGAUCAUGUCCUCAAUGAUGUUGCUGUUUCUCUUCACCUACAUCUACCUCCGAGAAGUGCUCAAGACCUACAAUUUGGCCAUGGACUACCCCACCCUCCUCCUGACCGUGUGGAACUUUGGGGCAGUGGGCAUGGUGUGCAUCCACUGGAAGGGACCCAUCAUGAUCAGCGCACUCAUAGCCUUGGUGUUCAUCAAGUACCUCCCUGAGUGGUCAGCGUGGGUCAUCCUGGGGGCCAUCUCUGUGUAUGAUCUUGUGGCUGUGCUGUGCCCCAAAGGGCCACUGAGAAUGCUGGUGGAAACGGCCCAGGAAAGGAACGAACCCAUAUUUCCUGCUCUGAUAUACUCAUCUGCCAUGGUGUGGACAGUGGGCAUGGCCAAGCUGGAUACCUCCUCUCAGGGGGCCCUGCAGCUCCCCUUUGACCCCGAGAUGGAGGAAGACUCCUAUGAUAGUUUUGGAGAUCCCUCAUACCCUGAAGUCUUUGAACCACCGCUGCCUGGCUACCCUGGGGAAGAACUGGAGGAAGAGGAAGAAAGGGGCGUGAAGCUCGGCCUCGGGGAUUUCAUCUUCUACAGUGUGCUGGUGGGCACACUGGCCUGCUUUGUGGCCAUCCUCAUCGGUUUGUGUCUGACCCUACUGCUGCUCGCCGUGUUCAAGAAGGCACUGCCCGCACUCCCUAUCUCCAUCACCUUCGGGCUCAUCUUCUACUUCUCCACAGACAACCUUGUGCGCCCUUUCAUGGAUACCUUGGCCUCCCAUCAGCUCUACAUCUGACAGAGGGCUCCACAGGCCGGAAGCUUAGGAGAUGUAACUGAAUGCAGUUCGAUAGUUUUACACUCUAGUGCCAUAUCCAUAUAUUUUUGAGACUUUUUUCCUUUAAAAAAAGAAAUAUAUAUAUAUAUAUAAGAAUUAAAAAGCAUUGUGUUUACUUUGAGAAGAGGAAAAAGCAGCUUUUUGGUGCUAGUUGUCCUGUCCCUGGACCUUGGCACCCCUUUCAGGAGCAUUGGCUUCAGCGACAGGAAGCAGGAAGUGGAACCCCCGGAGGGAAGAAAGUGGGGACACAGGGAGGGGUGUGAAGACUUCCAGCUCUGGGCUACUAGAGAGCUGAUAUGAGGAACCUGCACUCCUUUUCGAGGUACCAGGCGAUCAUGCUGGAUGGCACUUGGCAUUGGGUCACCGUGGCUGGAGAAGAAAAGGCAAUUUUCUCUGCAAGGAAUAUUCCCAACGCUUUUGUCUAUGGUGUCAUCAUUAUUUUAUUACCUUAAGAAAC